AUGAAAUCUAUUCGAGGCCAAGCUGACCCUGACUUACCGUUUGGAUGCUUGAUGUUUGCAAUAUACUACGCGGCAGUGGUGACCAUGCCAGCCGAGGAGUGUCGUACGGAAUUCAACGAAGACAAACACGAACUGCUAAAAAGGUACCGCACCGGAGUCGAGAAUUCUCUUUCCCAGGCAGACCUGCUGAGCUCCUUUGACAUAACGGUUCUGCAAGCAUUUGUCAUAUACCUUACUUGUGGUCGAUGUGACGAACAUGGACCUGAUGUCAAUACCCUAGUUGGAGUUGCCAUUGCCAUUGCCGUCAAGAUCGGCCUACAUCGCGACGGAGACAUAUCCAACCUUUCGCCCUUCCAAGUCGAGAUACGACGUCGACUCUGGUGGCAGAUUGUAAUUCUAGAUGUCCGCACAGCCGAGGACCACGGCUGUGACCCGCGCAUUCUGGACUCGUCAUUCAACACCAGAUUCCCGUCAAAUGUCAACGACGCCAGUCUCGAUCCCGACAUGAGCACAUUACCUCAUAACAGGGCAGAGAGAACAGAGAUGCUGUUUAGCUUGGUCCGUCUUGAAGUGAGCAAUUUCGCUCGUCGAAUGGUUUUCUCUGACCAAUUCUGUCGCGCGAACGCCUAUCCCACUCUAGGGGCUGCGCAGAAAUGCAAAGCGAUUGAUGGGUUCAGACAGCGAAUAGAGAAGCAAUAUCUGUGGCAAUGCGACAAAAGUCUGCCUCUCAAUUUCGUCACUGCAGCGUCCAGCCGACUAAUCCUCGUGAAACUCAAACUGAGUGUGAGCAAGCCGCGGACAAGAAAGAAUCAGACUGUACUCAUGCGCGAGAAUUUCCGCAACAUCUGUGUGGAAAUACUGCAGCGGGCUCGCUCUUUACGAAACUAUGACAAAGGCAAGCAGUGGCUGUGGCUUUUCCAGACUUAUAUUGAAUGGGAUGCACUCUCCUACCUUCUAAUCCACCUGUCUCUGGUUCCGAGAGGGGACGGUGUGACCCUGGCGUGGCAAUCAGUUGACGAGGUAUACUUUUACUGGAAAAAUAAUGCCGCUCAUUAUCGAAAUCACCGCUGGAUAUAUAUCGAAGAGCUACGCUCUAAGGCUUUGCUUGCUAGAGCCAUAGUGCCGCCUGCUUCAGCGCAAUGGGGAUCACUGUCGAAUGAUAGCAACGGUCAAGAGCGGUCCGACACUAUCAGUGUGACACCGCAACAGCAGGUUUCCUAUGGAGUAUCUAAGCAUGGGAUUAGCGAAGGCGCAAAUUGGUCGUCAGAGCAAGAAAGCCGCAGCCCAAAACGUCGCCUGCAACCACCAGUGUCUCGAUCAGCAACCCAAGAAGAUCCCCAAGAAGAUGUUCCUCGAAUGUGGGCGCUUGCGAAUGCGGCUGCGGCUGCUACAGCCACCGACGCUUUAUCACAGCCAGAGACAUUGAGCGAGCCUGCAGAUAUACCGAGCUCGGGCACCGCUUGCCAAUGGAGCGCAAGCAUCUUCGAGAAAUACUUCCAGGUGUUGGAGACCGAGCAAGACGUGUCUGCACCUUGGCUUUGA